UACCGGAGCGACGGCCCGAGCUCAUCCCGCCUCCCGAUCCUGUUGCCAAUCGAAGAGGCGUCGCCCGGGUGACCACCCCACCCCUUCCGGCGCGAGCCCGCGGCUUCCGGCAGGGGCCCGGCGGCGGGCGGCGGUCCGGCAGCGGCGGGGCCCGGGCGGGAGGGGGGCGCCCAAGAUGGCGGCGGGCGGCGCGGAGGGCGGCUCGGGCCCCGGCGCCGCCAUGGGGGACUGCGCGGAAAUCAAGUCGCAGUUCCGCACCCGCGAGGGCUUCUACAAGCUGCUCCCCGGCGAUGGCGCCGCUCGCAGGUCGGGUCCGGCUUCCGCCCAGACCCCGGCGCCGCCCCAGCCGCCGCAGCCCCCGCCCGGCCCUGCCUCCUCCUCCGGCCCCGGCGCCGCGGGCUCCGCGCCGUCCCCGCCGCCCGCAGGCCCGGGGCCAGGGCCCGCGCUGCCCGCCGUGCGCCUCAGCCUCGUGCGCCUCGGGGAGCCCGACGGCGCCGGGGCCGGGGAACCGCCCGCCACGCCCGCGGGGCUGGGUGCCGGAGGAGACCGCGUCUGCUUCAACUUGGGCCGCGAGCUGUAUUUCUACCCCGGCUGCUGCCGCCGCGGGAGCCAACGGUCCAUUGAUCUCAACAAGCCAAUCGACAAGCGGAUCUAUAAGGGCACCCAGCCCACCUGCCAUGACUUCAACCAGUUCACUGCUGCCACAGAGACCAUCUCCCUGCUGGUGGGGUUCUCAGCCGGCCAGGUGCAGUACCUUGAUCUCAUCAAGAAGGACACCAGCAAGCUAUUCAAUGAAGAGCGGCUGAUCGACAAGACCAAGGUGACCUAUCUGAAGUGGCUGCCCGAAUCAGAGAGCCUGUUCCUGGCCUCACACGCCAGUGGCCACCUGUACCUGUACAACGUCAGCCACCCUUGCGCCUCGGCCCCGCCGCAGUACAGCCUGCUGAAGCAGGGCGAGGGCUUCGCCGUCUAUGCCGCCAAGAGCAAGGCGCCCCGCAACCCGCUGGCCAAGUGGGCGGUGGGCGAGGGCCCCCUCAACGAGUUCGCCUUCUCGCCGGACGGCCGGCACCUGGCCUGCGUCAGCCAGGACGGCUGCCUGCGCAUCUUCCACUUCGACUCCAUGCUCCUCCGGGGGCUCAUGAAGAGCUACUUUGGGGGCCUGCUCUGCGUGUGCUGGAGCCCGGAUGGGCGCUACGUCGUGACGGGUGGCGAAGACGACCUGGUCACCGUGUGGUCCUUCACCGAGGGCCGUGUGGUGGCCCGGGGCCACGGCCACAAGUCCUGGGUCAAUGCUGUGGCCUUUGACCCCUACACCACGAGGGCCGAGGAGGCAGCCGCGGCCGGCGGCGGCGACGGGGAGCGGAGCGGCGAGGAGGAGGAGGAGCCUGAGGCCGGGGGCCCGGGCUCGGGCGGGGGAGCCCCCCUCUCCCCGCUGCCCAAAGCCGGCCCCAUCACCUACCGCUUCGGCUCGGCCGGCCAGGACACGCAGUUCUGCCUGUGGGACCUCACCGAAGACGUGCUUUACCCCCACCCGCCCCUGGCCCGCACCCGCACCCUCCCCGGCACGCCCGGCGCCACGCCGCCCGCCGCCGGCAGCUCUCGGGGCGCCGAGCCGGGCCCCGGCCCCCUGCCUCGCUCGCUGUCCCGCUCCAACAGCCUUCCGCACCCGGCGGGCAGCGGCAAGGCGGGCGGCCCCGGCGCGACCGCCGAGCCGGGCACGCCGUUCAGCAUCGGCCGCUUUGCCACGCUCACGCUGCAGGAGCGGAGGGACCGGGGGUCAGAGAAAGAGCACAAGCGCUACCACAGCCUGGGCAACAUCAGCCGGGGCGGCGGCGGGGGCGGCGGCGGCGGCGGCGGCGGGGACAAGCCCAGCGGCCCGGCCCCGCGCAGCCGGCUGGACCCGGCCAAGGUGCUGGGCACGGCGCUGUGCCCACGCAUCCACGAGGUGCCGCUGCUCGAGCCCCUGGUGUGCAAGAAGAUCGCCCAGGAGCGGCUCACGGUCCUCCUCUUCCUGGAGGACUGCAUCAUCACUGCCUGCCAGGAGGGCCUCAUCUGUACCUGGGCCCGGCCGGGCAAGGCGUUCACAGACGAGGAGGCCGAGGCCCAGACAGGGGAAGGAAGUUGGCCCAGGUCACCCAGCAAGUCAGUGGUAGAGGGCCUCUCCUCCCAGCCCAGCAACUCCCCGAGCGGCACAGUGGUGUGAAACCAUGGAUGUCGGGGUCCCCCCUCUGUUCCCCGCCUCCUAGCCAUAACCCCCCCGCCGACCUCACGGAUCAACGUAUGAUUAACAAGACUAACCAUGACGGAUGGACUGCUCCAGUCCCUUGCCCUGCACAGAUUUGGGGAUCAGAGGGUCCCCCAGACCGGCCCAGCACUUGGGGGGACGUAGUGGCCCGUGUGGCCUCAGCCCUGUCCCCACCCACUGCCAAGUACAAUGACCCCUCCCUCUGAAGCAUCAGUGUUCGCCUCAUCCCUGUCCCCAGCAUGUGACUGGUCACUCCCGGGGGAGACCCCCUCCCCCACAAGCUCUGCAAUGUGCCCCUCGGCCUGUGGGCAGGGCAGGGGUGGCCUACCCCUCCCCUGGCCCGCACCCUGCCCGUGCUGUUGUUUGUGCUUUUGAAGAGUGUUAAAUUAUGGAAGCCCCUCGGGGGCCCUCCCUGUCCCCCCCGGGACCUCUUAUUUAUACUAAAGUUCCCUGUUUUCA